UGAUGAUGGAGACUCGGGGCUGGUUGGUGUUUGGUCGCCAGAACUUGCCGUGUUCCUGGUGCUCCGUAGGGCAGGAGAGACGGCUCGUACGGAGUACUCCGUAAACAAACCGUUGUUCAUGUAAUUCCUGUAAGAAUGUGCGGCGUGAACAACCACCCACGAAAGAUAGACCUCUAUCGCACGCCUCUGCCGCCGCGAGACAGAACUAUCGAAGGUGUAGGGCCGAGAAUCCCCCAAACUAGUUGGAUGACGCGGAAUCCAUCGAUCCACAGCCACGAUGACCUCUCAAGUUUCUGGUCCUUGUCUCAAAGCAGCAAGCGACCGACAGAUCAUCGGCGCGAUACUUUUGCAACCCAGUGUAAGCAAGACAAGAAACUAAGCGCCAAACUAGUGCCUCGCGACCGGUCUCGUCCACCAACCACGAUGACCAAACCCCCAAUUUCCACGAGGGGCCCUCGAGCGCGGCGGCCCCAUCCGGUUGAAUGGACUGCCUAUGAGGGCAACAAUACACCUCACCGUCUCGAUCAAUCACCGCUGCAGCGCACGGCGGGCUCCACCGGGCUUGCAGGUCUGAGUUGCUUCUCUCUCCCCUUUUUCGUCCCUGAGACGAUCUCCAGGGUAAUCUCCCGGGCCAUACAAAGGCCGCCGGCCCUCCCUCCCUUCUCGAUCUUCUGAUUCUAAUCCGUUCCUUCUUUCUAUCAAGUCCAACUUGUUUGAAGCAUAUCCAACUUGACUUCGGUCAUCCACUCUCUUUUUCA